AUGCAAUUCACAUCUGCUCUUGUUCUUGCUACUCUUGCAGCCUCUGCUGCCGCGUACCCCAAAUGUCCAGGUGGCAGUUGUGCUCUCACCCAGCAGCCCGCUGCCGAGCAGAAUGGUGCUCCUUUGCCUGAUGUCGUUGAAGAGGUUCCUACUGAGCAACCUAGCACCACCUGCGCUGGAGGUGUUUGCCCAUUGACUGCUAAAUCGGUUCAAGAGGAUCCUGCUCCAAUUGUUCAGGAGGCCGGUACCACCUGUGCUGGAGGUGUCUGCCCAUUGACUACCAAACAGCCUGAAAUUCCCGCCAAGAAGUCUUGCACUGGAACCGGCUGCAAUUCUACAAAGCAGCCCGAGGCACCCCAAGAGCCUGAAGAAGAACCCCAAGAGUACCAAGACCCCGCACCUCCCGCCAAGAAGUCUUGCACUGGAACCGGCUGCAACUCUACAAAGCAGCCCGAGGCACCCCAAGAGCCUGAAGAAGAACCCCAAGAGUACCAAGACCCCGCACCUCCCGCCAAGAAGUCUUGCACUGGAACUGGCUGCAAUUCCAAGAAGCCCGAAACUCCUGAAUCUGAGGACGAGACUGAGGAGGAUCCCGACCUUGAGGAGGAUGAAUAUGAGCCCCCUGCCAAGAAGUCUUGCACUGGAACUGGCUGCAAUUCCAAGAAGCCCGAAACCCCUCAGACUCCUGAAGAGCCUGAAGAAGAACUCCAGGAGUACCAAGAUCCCGCACCUCCCGCCAAGAAGUCUUGCACUGGAACCGGCUGCAAUUCCAAGAAGCCCGAAACUCCUGAAUCUGAGGAUGAGACUGAGGAGGAUCCCGACCUUGAGGAGGAUGAAUAUGAGCCCCCUGCCAAGAAGUCUUGCACUGGAACUGGCUGCACUUCUACAAAGCAGCCCCAGACUCCCCAGACUCCUCAGACUCCCCAGCAACCCCAGACUCCCCAGACUCCUGGAGAUGAUUCCCAGGUGUACCAAGAUCCCGCACCACCCGCCAAGAAGUCUUGCACUGGAACCAGCUGCACUUAUACAAAGCAGCCCGAGACACCCCAGACUCCUCAGACUCCCCAGCAACCUCAGACUCCCCAGCAACCCCAGACUCCCCAGACUCCUGGAGAUGAUUCCCAGGUGUACCAAGAUCCCGCACCACCCGCCAAGAGUACCGGUAAAUCGUGCACAUCUGCCAAUCCACCUUCCGCUGGUCAGACUACUGGUAAAUCAUGCACAUCUACCACUCCACCUUCCUCUGGUCAAACCACUGGUCAGACUACUGGUAAAUCGUGCACAUCUGCCAAUCCACCUUCCGCUGGUCAGACUACUGGUAAAUCGUGCACAUCUGCCAAUCCACCUUCCGCUGGUCAGACUACUGGUAAAUCGUGCACAUCUACCACUCCACCUUCCGCUGGUCAGACUACCGGUAAAUCGUGCACAUCUGCCAAUCCACCUUCCGCUGGUCAGACUACCGGUAAAUCGUGCACAUCUACCACUCCACCUUCCUCUGGCCAAACCACUGGAAAGACUACUGGUAAAUCGUGCACAUCUACCAAGAAGACUCCCGCCUCUCCAAAGAAGCCUUCCGCCCCUAUUCCCACCGCAACCUUCGAUCCCCCCCAUAAGCCUGGAUACUCUGAGGGUGACAUUAUCGAGUCUGGUGCCUCUUCUACCAUGCUCUCUGGUGCUGCUAUCCUUCUUGCUGUUGCCGCCUUUUUCUAA